ACCGAAUAGAGCACUACGAGAAGCCAAGAAUGAACAAUAUCCUGACAUCCCAAACAGAGCCGUACGACCUGUCAUUCUCCCGGUCCUUCCAGAACCUCACGCACCUCCCACCGUCCUACGAGAUGGCCAUGAAAGCAGACUUAAGCGACAAGGACGACGAGUAUUACAUCCGCAAGCACCAUUUGCCCGAUCUGACGCAUCGCGGCGGCAACCUGCAGACGCACAUGAUCAAGCUGAGCGUGGAUCCGCCGGCGCAGCGCCAGAAGCCCAAGCGCGUGCAGCGCGCCAUGUCCCAGGACCACGUGCUCUCGCCCGCCCACUCCAAACCGCACCGAGACUACGGCCUGUCGUCGUACAGCGGCGGCGCCGGCGGUCUGUCCCCGUACCACGGACGCAUUCUCUCCGAGGAGCAGCUGCUGUCGGCCGACCGACUGCUCUCCCAGGACCCACUGCUCUCGCCAGAUAAGAUGCUCUCCCUGCGGCGCUCCAAUUUCCGCGAGAAGGCCAUGUCGCGGGCGCUGUCGCACACGGACAUGUUCGUGCCGACCACACCGGUCAUGGACCGGCACUACAAAAUGAUGAAGAUGCAUUCGCACCCCAGCAGCAGCAACAACGAGUCCUACAACACACUGACUGUUAACAGCGCGCAGGUGGGCAACAAAAGGCAGGCGUUCGCCAACCGCCGCAUGCAUACGGUGGACCACCUGCAGUAUAUCCCCGGACAUCACCAUCAUCAGUACAGAACCGCCAGCAAGACUGAAGUAACUGUCUGAGAGGGCGAGACGGGAGGGCGAAUGAUGUCAACAAACAAUCCAGCUGGAGGAAUCCGCGGCGGUGGCCCACUUCGACAGGUUUCUUUUUUUAAGCGUUCCACCUUGACUCGUUUCCGCUUCCAGCGCAAGCUUUCCACUCCAUCAGUUCCGGGUCGGCUUGGGAAGGAUCUAGACUUUCUUCUCGCACGUAGAGCAAACGCAAGGGCUUCGCGCGCGGACACCGGACUAGAAACCUGAAACUAUUUUUCCAGAACUGCUGCGAAACCUGCACUGACUUUAUACAUACAGUAAAUCAGAACCUAUAUAGAUUUAUGAUUUCUAACUCGAAUCCUAAACAAUAGCGAUAGCGGUUGAAUAUAAACUGGCGUAAGCACUUUAGCAAGUGUCUCUUCUCAAAACACGUCCCGUUUCGAUAACGAAGUGGGGAAAAGGUUUAAAAGCACAAUAGAUGACUGACGUUGUUUUACUUUCUUUUGUCACAUUCCCAGCUAACAGGGAUCGUUUUUAGAACUUUAGCGAACAUUCUGGAAAAGUUAUGAACAAACAUUCUGUCAGAAACGUUAAUAGAACAUUCGUUUAAAGUUAUCUGGUGUUUUCAAAAUGUUCUCAAAACU